AUGGAAUGGUGGGAUGGUUUGUAUGAUAUGUACAACAUUUAUCAAGCUGAGAAGGCCCAAGGAUCCUUUGCUGAGGCUGCAGAGGCUACUCACAAUGAGGUAUAUCAUCUCCCUUCUGAUAUAUCAACCUCUUCUCCUGUGGCACUGGCCUUCCACCCGGCGACACCUGAAGGUGAACUGAUGUUUGAUUUAAGCUGCUCAAUGGAGAAAGCUCCAAAUAUGCCUCUACAGUUGGAGAAGAUUCUAAAUAUGCCUCAACAGUUGGAGAUGAUUCCAAAUAUGCCUCAACAGUUGGAGAAGAUUCUAAAUAUGCCUCAACAGUUGGAGAUGAUUCCAAGUAUUCCUCAAAAGUUGGACAAGAUUCUAAAUAUGCCUCAACAGUUGGAGAUGAUUCUAAAUAUGCCUCAACAGUUGGAGAAGAUUCUAAAUAUGCCUCAACAGUUGGAGAUGAUUCCAAAUAUGGCUCAACAGUUGGAGAAGAUUCUAAAUAUGCCUCAACAGUUAGAGAUGAUUCCAAAUAUACCUCAACAGUUGGAGAAGAUUCUAAAUAUGCCUCAACAGUUGGAGAUGAUUACAAAUAUACCUCAACAAUUGGAGAUGAUUCCAAAUAUGCCUCAACAGUUGGAGAAGAUUCUAAAUAUGCCUCAACAGUUGGAGAUGAUUCCAAAUAUGCCUCAACAUUUGGAGAAGAUUCCAAAUAUGGCUCAACAGUUGGAGAAGAUUCGAAAUAUGCCUCAACAGUUGGAGAAGAUUCCAAAUAGGCCUCAACAGUUGGAGAUGAUUCCAACUAUGCCUCAACAGUUGGAGAAGAUUCCAAAUAUGCCUCAACAGUUGGAGAAGAUUCCAAAUAGGCCUCAACAGUUGGAGAUGAUUCCAAAUAUGCCUCAACAGUUGGAGAAGAUUCCAAAUAUGCCUCAACAGUUGGAGAAGAUUCCAAAUAUGCCUCAACAGUUGGAGAUGAUUCCAAAUAUGCCUCAACAGUUGGAGAAGAUUCCAAAUAUGCCUCAACAGUUGGAGAAGAUUCCAAAUAUGCCUCAACAGUUGGAGAUGAUUCCAAAUAUGCCUCAACAGUUGGAGAAGAUUCCAAAUAUGCCUCAACAGUUGGAGAAGAUUCCAAAUAUGCCUCAACAGUUGGAGAAGAUUCGAAAUAUGCCUCAACAAUUGGAGAUGAUUCCAAAUAUGCCUCAACAGUUGGAGAUGAUUCCAAAUAUGACUCAACAGUUGGAGAAGAUUUCAAAUAUGCCUCAACAGUUGAACGACAAAGAUGAGCAAGAGGUUUGCUCUAGACGAACUAUGCAAUUGGAACCAAAUCCUGGUACCGUUAAAAAGAUUAAGCUUCUUCAUGUACCUGAGCCUUCUGAAGCAGGCUGUUCCAUCGGCUUCGACUCUGGGACGCAACAAACUCCCUAA